CACAAGUAGUUUUUGAAAAGUACUUUAAGAAAAAAUUGUUCUACGCGUGAGCGGCCAUGAAAAAUUGGGAAAAACUGUAAAAAUAGAUCAAUUUCGUCAAUAACGUGGAAGGGAUUGAAAGUUUCGAUACAAUGUGAAUGAACAGCAUGAAAAUUUUCACCAAAAAUAUAUCUUCAUGUUUUUCUUCGAAAAAAUAGUCCAUUUUGGAGAUUCGCGACCUUGGAGUGUUGUUUUUCAGUAUUGGACUCCUGGCAGUAACUUCGGAGGUGGUCAAGAAUGGCAGGCUGCCCUAGCUUCUGUUGGAGGCGGAGGAGGAGGUGGACACGAUUACGGAUCUCUAGAUGACGGACAUGGACACGGAUCAUCUGAUGGUUCUAUUGGUGGAGAUUUUCACCAUGGAGUCAGUGUGGUUAGUACCGGCGGAGGUGGUGAUGGUAAAGGUACCAUAUUCGAUUUAACCAACCAUGGAGAUAGUGGACAUAAUGGAGCCUUUGGUGGUAGUUUCGUUGCUUCUGCUAAAUAUAGCGCGGGUGGUCAUGGAGGUGGAGGAUCUGGUGGACAUGGAGGUCAUGGAUACGGAGUAUCUGAAGGUACUGGAUUUGCCGAACAUUACAGCGACGUUUUAGGAGCCAGUGAAUCUUCUGGAGGAUAUGGAGGGGGUCACGAGGGUUUAACCGCUCACGGUAGUUUCGGAGGCGGAGAUUCUUUGGGAGGAGGUUACCAUUAAAAAUUGUUGUUAAAAUUGUUUUUCUUGUUGUUGUUGAUUAUUUGAAUAUUUAUUUUUGUUGACUUUAAAUAAAUUGUUAUACUGCCAA